AUGAACCUCAAGAAUGGGAUUCCGAAAAUAAUUGUUCCAUUUGUUACGCUUCUAAUUUUAGUAUAUUUAAAUUUUGCAUGUUUCUAUUCAUUAGCUUACCAAGAGAUUUAUAUACAACACCAGGCUCAUGGUGUAGCGAUUAGUUUAUGGACCCUAGGCUGUAUUUUCGACAUCCUAAUUGUAACAUAUUGGAUUCUAUUGUAUGUGAAGGGUCCUGGGAGGGCUCCAGUAAUCAAAGGAUUUAACUUGUACGACCAAGAGGGCACUGAGUAUAGUCAAUUGCCCAAAUAUUUUCUAGGCGAUGAGAAUGGCUAUCCAUACUGGUGUUCAAAUUGCCAGUCGAUAAAGUUGCCCCGAUCUUUUCAUCUGAAAGAUUCAGGCUACUGUGUAAUGAAAUUUGACCAUUACUGUCUAUGGGUAGGAUCAUCCAUAGGUCAAGAUAACUAUGGAUACUUUCUAAAGUUUGCAUUGUAUUGCUUAAGUAAUUUUUUAAUCUCACUUAUUUACCUUGCUGUGUAUACGAGAUCAGCUCUAGUUGAGACUACUUCCAUUAACACAAAUUACAUCUUUAUAUAUAUAUUAAGCGGUUUCUUCCUGAUCUUCCUCAUUGCGUUGCUAGGUUCUAAUGUCUGGUACAUUAUGAAUAAUAUGACCACAUUGGAUGACUUGAGUAGGAAACAGCUGGUGCGAUACGCCAGGUGGAAGGACUCGAAAAGAAGAAACCCCAAGAGUAAACCCAGAGUGGAGGAUGGUAAGAGGUAUGUCAAUAUAAACAGCGACUUGCAAGUGGAUGGGGUAACACAGGUGGAAAAUACCAGUCGUUUGGUGAUUAAAUACAGUGUCAGAGAAACUCCGUUUUCUUUUGGAUUCCGGAACAAUUGGAUAAACAUUUGGUUAUACGGUAACUCACCCAAGGUAAAAGAAUACAAACGAGAACUAUUUUCUUUCAGUUUGCUUGUAUUUUUCGUGCCUUUGUUGGACGUGUGGAUAAAUCACCGAAGAGCAAGAAAUGGGUUGGGUGAACUCACUAGAAAAAUAGACGAUCCUGAAACCCCGCUAAACAACCACUUGUAUGAGUUGUACUGCGAUAACUUUAACGAGGAGUUUAUCGAAAUGAUGAAUGGACAGAAAAACAAUAAGAAGGCCCAAAAGCCGAACUAUUUGAAUAUUGCAUGA